UUUCCUCUCUAAAACACUCCAUUAUAUAUACACACACAAAUCUUUCAUUCUUCCACAAUCCCAUAAGAGAGAAUAACAGAAAGAAAGAACCCAAGAAAUUAGAGAAGACCUCUUUAACUACUACGAAUCUCUCGUAGCUUUCUUCCCCAGUUCACGGAGAACUCCCAUACCCACAAGAACCCACCAGAUCGAAUUUUCUAUAUAUACAUACAUGGAUCAGUACUCAUCGUCUUUGGUCGACACUUCUUUAGAUCUCACUAUCGGAGUUACUCGUAUGCGAGUUGAAGAAGACCCACCGCAGACAAAUGCUUUGGUGGAAGAAUUAAACCGAGUGAGUGCCGAGAACAAGAAGCUCUCGGAGAUGCUAACUUUGAUGUAUAACAACUACAACAUCUUGAAGAAGCAACUCGUGGAAUAUGAAAACAAGAGCAACAUCACGGAGAGAGACCAAAUCAGUCCUCCCAAGAAACGCAAAUCUCCAGCGAGAGAUGACGCUUUCAGUUCAGCUGUUAUCGGUGGAGUGUCGGAAAGUAGCUCAACGGAUCAAGAUGAGUAUCUGUGUAAGAAGCAGAGAGAAGAGACUGUUGUGAAGGAGAAAGUCUCAAGGGUCUAUUACAAGACCGAAGCUUCUGACACUACCCUUGUUGUGAAAGAUGGGUAUCAAUGGAGGAAAUAUGGACAGAAGGUGACUAGAGAUAAUCCAUCUCCACGAGCUUACUUCAAAUGUGCUUGUGCUCCAAGCUGUUCUGUCAAAAAGAAGGUUCAGAGAAGUGUGGAGGAUCAGUCCGUGUUGGUUGCCACUUAUGAGGGUGAACAUAACCAUCCAAUGCCAUCGCAGAUUGAUUCAAAUAAUAGCUUAAACCGCUACAUUUCUCUUGGCGGUUCGCCUACAGCAGCCAACCGAAGUACUGCACCAUUGACUACUGUCGAUCAGACUGAAUCCAAGAAAGUGACAAGCCCAACAUCAAGAAUCGAUUUUCCAGAAGUUCAGAAACUUUUAGUAGAGCAAAUGGCUUCUUCCUUGACAAAAGAUCCUAACUUUACAGCAGCUUUAGCGGCAGCUGUUACCGGAAGAUUGUAUCAACAGAAUCAAACUGAAGAAUAGUUUAUUUUCAAAUUCCAGUAGUCUUUUUAGAUUGAAAAUUUGUCAUGAGGAAGAGAAAGAGAGAGAGUAGAUUAUAAUCCACUGAUACUGAAAAUGUAACAUGUAAUCCUUUUCAUACAAUCCCCAAUACAUUCGGCUUAGAAACA